GGAUGGGCGAGGCUACCUUUUGAAGGCCAUAUACAAGUAAAGGACCGAAUGCAACCGAAUCAGUUGGCCGCUGUUUGAGUGUUUGUUAAGUUCGAAACAGUGCUGUGAUUGCAGGGACUUGUGGCGUUGCAUAGCAAAAUUUCGAAAAUUCUUUCAAUACAAUCAUUCAUAUCUCAAUAGCCGAAAAGAAAACUUGACACUCUUUUUGACUGCGUUACGCCUUAACAUGAAUCCCAAUGGGACCACAUCGCUGCUUUAUUGUUGCACUUUUCUAUUGCUUUGUUCCUUAGGGCUGGCAAAUUGCCAGUCUGAAUGGGCGAUGAGUAAUGUAGCAGAAUCCUUGCACUUAUUCACAAAGGAAAUUUUUCACAGUGUCGAACACACCGAUAAAACCACAAAUUUAGUAAUUUCCCCCUUGAGCCUUUUUGCGGCCCUAUCGCUAACCUCGAUUGGAGCUAAGGGCACAACGUUGAACCAAAUUCAACAAGCUCUGCGAUUGUCGACAAAUGCUUUAACACGAAAGGGUGGAUUGGCCCACAUAAUCGCAUCAAUGACGGCACAAAACAGCAAAGAAGUUGUGAUGGAUCUGGCAAACUUCGUGUGGGUCCCGCGCGGAUUGGCCGUAAAAGCUGAAUACGCUCGAUCCGUUCAGGAAAUUUUCCAAACCCGAGUUCGUGAUGCUGAUUUUACACGCGUAGAAGAAGUGCGCCAGGUGAUCAACCAUAGAAUUGCGAAUAUUACCAAAGGUCACAUCACAGAGCUCUUUCCCAGAGGAUCCAUAACCAAGCAGACACGAUUACUGCUGGCUAAUGCACUUUACUUUAAGGGACUUUGGGUUCAUGCCUUUAACCAAACAGAUACCUAUUUGGAACGAUUUUUUAUGUCUAAUGGUCAAUCUGUCGUGGCCCGGAUGAUGCACGGUUCUGGCACCUUUCAAGCGGGAGUUCUUGACGAUCUUGGAGCCAAAGCUAUCUUAUUACCAUAUCAGGGUAAUCGCUAUGGAUUGCUGUGUGUUUUACCUGAUCGCAAUGUAGAACUUAGUGAGGUUGAAAAUCGUAUGCUCAGUUCUGGCUACACCCCUACGAUUCUGCUGAGAAAAAUGAUCCAACGUGAUGUCAACAUAACUUUACCUAAAUUCAACAUACAAUUUGACAUCGAAAUGUCGCCUACCUUGCAAAAGAUGGGCAUCCGCAAUUUGUUCACAAAUGAAGCAGAUCUUUCCGGUAUGAGUUCAAGCUCCCGUUCAGCAAUGUUGAAAGUGUCUAGCGUUUAUCAUCAAUGCACCAUUGAGGUGAAUGAGGGCGGAAGUGAAGUCAGCGCAGCUUCAGGAUUAGAAAUAACUCCACUCAGCGGAGGUUUUGGAAACCACUUUGGCCCUAUCGAAUUUAGAGCCGACCGCCCCUUCUUAAUUUACUUAAUUGAUCGAGAAAAUUACAACAUUCCGUUGAUAAUCGGGCGUGUCUACAACCCACUUCAAGGUAAAUACACGAAUGUCAAUCAGCAUCAAGAUUCGGCAGAAAAAACGGCGGUGAAAGCUGAACGUCACAGCCCAGCGAAAGUCAGCGCGGCGUUGAUACAGAGAACCGAGUUUCAACCUACUCGUCCAUUUCCUCAAUUUAUCCAAGAGAGCGACCAAGUGAUUUACCCGCAGAAACCGUCGUAUUACUACAAUUCUGUCAAACAAUUUGCAAAUCGAUAUUUUUCGCACUCCCCACCCGUAAAGCACUUGCAUACUACCCCCGUUGUAUUUCCAGAAGACAAUUUAGACGGACACCAUUGGAAGAGAGAAAUUGGAAAUUCAACUUCUUUACCCGAAGUGUCAUCGACAACGGUAACGUCGUCCACAUUAGAAAAUGAGGACGUGGAUACUCGAUUGAAAGACCCGCUGUGGUUCAACAAGCCAACUGCGCCAGAAGUGAUAAUUCCAUUAAAUCCUCCGGUAUUAAAUCACAGACCAGCUAUCGUUCGCCCCCAAUCGACAGCGAUCCCAGAAAAACCAUCGUCGACUAGUGGCCAACCGUUCAGCUCUACAAUUCCACCGAAUAUCUUUUUUGCGCUACCAACAGCUCCGAAUCCAUCGCCGGUGUUUCCAAUCAACCAAGCGAACAAUGGUUGGAAUCAGAAAGAGCAAAAUAUUGGCGGAGCACCUGGAUACCCUCCAUCACACAAUAACGACAUGACAUUUCUGAAUAAUCGACCAGUCUUCAUAUCCCCUCCAUGGUAUCCAAGUCAAACUCAUUCCUACUUCCAGCCACAUUCCUCUGGUUCAGGAUCGGAAUUACAAGGAAUAUUUUUCCCAGACUACCGCUCCUCGUCUCGAAACUACACGCCCGUUUGAUUUUUUUACAAAAUUUUUACAUAAGGUUUCCAAUGAAUGUGGGCUUAGAUUAUAAGACUAGUCAAAUCAUUCAUGAUGGAUUUGGACUGUGCACUGUGUACUGUUGUUUUCAAAAGCGAUUUGGGGAUAGACGAUUUGGGGCUUUGGAAUUUCAACGUCAUCAAUUGUAAUUUUUAAUGAAACUAUAUUAUAGCAAAACCAAAUAAAUCAUUUUGAAAACCCCCCAAAA